CGCGCCUGUCGGACCGUUACAGAGGGAUGCUGCUUUAACUUCCACCGUUUCAGUCCGGAAGUUUGGUAACUUGUCGACUGAUAAGUGUAAUUUUAUUUACUAAGUUGUACCACACGCUUUGAACUCCGGCCCGGGCCACAUUGUUGAACUGUCAGUCAAGACUCAGUCGAAGGUUGACUUCCCGGACAGUCACCAGACAGAGUGAGUGCUGUCUAGCUGCCCCCGGCUAGCGGUGGGCUAAUAUCACACAAGGACAACAUGAGCUAACGUUUGAUGUUAGCAGCUAGCUAAGAAAGUUAAGCAGUGAGAAGAGGAGAAACGCACCUGUCGGACGGUUGCUAUCACUCAUGUGCCGCCGGUAGUUAACAUGUCGAGUCAGCCGGCUUUCCCGAUCCAACAGCAGCCAAACCUGAACUCCGCUCCUUUCCCACAGUGUCUUGUGAAACCUUUUAACAAACCUCUGCAAAUCAAAAGGAAUGUCAUAACAGACGAUUACAGUGUCACAAGUCAGGUGCUCGGGAUGGGGAUAAAUGGCAGAGUGUUGGAGGUAUUCCACAAAGAGAGUGGAGAAAAGUAUGCACUGAAGAUGCUGCAGGAUUGCCCAGAGGCCAGGAGAGAGGUAGAGCUACACUGGAGGGUGUCACCUUGCCCCCAUAUUGUACCCAUCAUAGAUGUUUAUGAGAAUCUCUACCAUGGCAGGACAUGCCUCCUCAUCCUGAUGGAGUGCAUGGAUGGGGGUGAAUUAUUCAGCCAUAUCCAAGACAGAGGGAAUCAUGCAUUCACAGAAAGAGAGGCCUCUGACAUCAUGAGAAGUAUCGGCGAGGCCAUACAUUUCUUGCAUUCCAUCAACAUUGCCCACAGAGACAUCAAGCCAGAGAACCUGCUGUACACCUCCAAAAGGUCAGAUGCCCUCCUCAAGCUGACAGACUUUGGGUUUGCCAAAGAAAUCACCACCUUAAACUCUUUAGCAACACCGUGUUUUACCCCGUACUAUGUAGCUCCAGAAGUUCUUGGUCCAGAGAAGUAUGACAGAUCCUGUGACAUGUGGUCUCUGGGUGUCAUUAUGUAUAUUCUACUUUGUGGAUAUCCUCCCUUUUUCUCGCAUCAUGGUCUGGCAAUAUCCCCGGGAAUGAAAAGACGGAUCUGCAACGGACAAUAUGAGUUCCCCAACCCCGAGUGGUGCGAUGUGUCUGAGGAAGCCAAACAGCUAAUCUGCCACUUACUGAAAACCGAGCCCACCCAGAGAAUGAGCAUCACCGAGUUCAUAAACCAUCCCUGGAUUAAUCAGUCGGUGAAGGUCCCACAGACGCCCCUUCACACCAGCCGCGUGCUGCACGAGGAGCAAGACGUCUGGGAGCAGGUCAAAGAGGAAAUGACAAAUGCCCUGCAAACGAUGAGAGUGGACUAUGACCAAAUUAAAAUCAAAACCAUUGAAGACUCAACUAAUCCUCUACUCUUGAAGAGAAGAAAGAAAAGUAAAAAAUCAGCCACACAACCUCCAGGCUAGUAAAAUAAAGACUUUUUAAGAGGUAUUCAGUUUCACACAAACACUCACACACACAUGCACAAGAUUUAGUUGGAAGAAAAAGCUUUCAAGGAGAGCUUUAGGGAUGAUGUGCAUUGCCAAGUAGCUUUAAAAUAAUACCUUUAUGGUGUGUUUUUAGCGGUUUUAAUUUCUCUAAGAUUUUAUUUUCACACAUGAAAUGCACCCAGGUAAAUGUGCUUCGAGGACUUUUGAACUCUUUCUAUGCUUUUAAAAUGUAUUCUCUGUGUGCACUUAUUCAUAAAUCCUCUCAUCAGAGAAAACAAAAUGUACUGUAUGUGUUGUAUAUUAGGACAGUGUUUAUUAUGUAUAUAGUUGAGUGAGCUUUGUUGGCGUCAGCUGACAGUUUUUAGGUUGUUUUCUGUCUCUUAAUUUUUUCCGUUCUCAGUGUUGAAACCAUUUUGAGUGACUUUUUUCUCUCUUAAGGGUGCAGUUGAGAGAUAUUUUGCAAGCAUCAUUCAUAUUUAUAUUUUGAAUGAUAGUUACCAGAAGCCACAGUGUUUAUUUUGGAUGCCGAUGUGAUGGCAGAAAUAUUUCUCCUUACCACAGUGUAGGAGUUUUCCUGCCACAUUGUGGCUGUGCUGUGUCUAAAACCUAUUUACCAUGUGUAGCAAUAAUGUGUAGAAAUAAUCACACUUACUAUACUCAAAAAACGGGUGUUGAUUGCAUUUGAUGGAUAAAACGGAGCUGCCACCUGAACCCUAUGUGCUUCUGUAGAAGGUAUUUUCUCUGGAGCAGUAAUAUAAAAGUAGCUGCAUGAAGUCUAUUGUGUGAGGCAUGAAAAGAGAAGUGAACAGCAGUAAACUUUUACAUGAUAAACAGAUGUACAGUGGAAAAUGCUGCACGUCACUAUUAUCCUGUUUGCCUUUUACUCUGGAUCAAAUCUCUUGAUACUCUCUGUGGUUUUUGCGUAUUGUUUGAUCAGUUAGCAUUUCACCAUUAGCAUAAAAUCAAAUAAACAUCCAGCAGCUCAGUUGUGUCUAACAAAUACAUAAUAUUUAUGGUGGCAUGUUAAAUUAGUCUGCCAUGGAAAAUUAAACAGAAUGAAUCAGUGUCUGGAACAGUUAUUAAACACUUGUUUUGGAGUUUUCAUUUUGCAAAAAAAAAAAGCCCCACAUUUUGCCAUACCACCACUGCAUUUUUCACCAGUGGCACUCUAAAAAGUGGCCGGAGGGGGGCAUGAUGAGCCUGAUACACUGCAACCCCCCCCCCCAAUGAAAAUAGCGCUGCAGGAGAGAGUCGUGAUACCCUCAAAUAAGUUUGUAUAUGAGCACUCCCAGCUCCCUCGUCUCAAAGUCAGUGGCUUUUUUUGAAUGGGUUUUUUUCGUUAGAUGCUUUAAACCCCCUUUUAACUUUUAAAGCCUUUAUGUGUCCUAAAAAAGACACAUAAACUCGUGUUUACAGCCUUGUUGUGGUGACCGCAAUGUAGUUUGUUUAUAGCGUUAGAUACACUUCAUUAUUAAUACCCAAGGGGAAACUCAUUUUUUUUCGCUCUGUGUUUGUCAUAUACACACAGGUCCAAAAUACACACACAUGCACAAACAGGACUUAUACAUGUAUUAAUUGGAGAGAUGUCAGAGGGAGGUAGCUGCCCAUGGACAGGCGCCCCGAGCGGUUGGGGGGGUUCGCUGCCUUGCUCAAGCACCUCGGCUAUGCCCAGGAGGCUGUGCCCACUUCAGCAGCAUAAUAGACUUCCUGAAAUUCAAUUCUGGCCACCAGAAUGUGGCCACCACUAUAAAAGAAAUUCUGGGGCUCCACUGUUUGUAACACAGGUCUCUUUUAUCUGUUGUGCAUUUGCUGUACAGAGACACAAGUAUUAAGUUUUCAGAAAAACAGCUGCUUGAAAAAAAGUGUAAUGAUGCAAUAGACUAACAAGCUAACACAUUUCUAGUUGUGGCUAUGUACGAAUAAUCAGCGAGUAUAACUUCUGCUAAAUUCAAUUGUAAUUUUACUUUUAAUGUCCAUUAUAUUGUUCAUAUGUGGAAGGCAAGGUUAUUACAGUUAAAACUAGGUGUGAAUAAACAUCUUAGUUAUGUGAAAUAAAUAUAAAAAUUAGAUUUAAGAAAAUAAACAAAAACUGAAACGAAAGUGUGUACUUACAAAACUAACCAAAAAAUCGAGGAAAUGUCUUUAGUUUUCGUUAAUUUGGACAAAUUGGUCAAGACAACAGACAUGGGAAGGCACUGGUGCACUUGUUUAUUGAGACUGGGAUGUCUACAUGACAGCGAGUCAAUUGCCUUCACAAAGUGUUGCGUUUGUAUUGACACACCAUUGUUUUAUUGUUACUUUUAUAUAUGCUGUCAUAUGUUCUGAACUUCUGAAAUCUUGCUCCUAAAAAUGUCCCCCCACAAAAAAUAAUGCUAAAAAAAAUUAAACUGAAACAAACAAACUCUGGGAACGAACGGAAACUAAACUGAAUUAAAAACAAAUAUUAAAAGCGGGGGAAAAAAAGUGAACAAUACAAAAAUUGAGCAUAGCGUUAGUUCAGGCAGGACCCGAUGUCAAGCUCAGCUCACAUCCCAGCUACAUCAGCUGAUCUAAAAGGGAAGGGAGUCAGCUAAUAGAUCACAUGAAUCCUUUCUAUGCAACCAAUUGGUGAAUCUCAUUCAAGGCGCCCUAUUUAAACUGCUCUGCCUGCCUGCUGUUGCUGCUUCCUCUGCAAGCUGCUUUGCAACCCGUCUCCACCCCAGCUCCUCCUUUUCAUGCUAUGUCUGACUUAUCAAUGUCUUUUCUGUUUGUCAUUGAUGCUACUCUGUUAUGUUUCUGGGGGUCUUUGCUGCUGCUCUCCCUGCCUUUGUCUUUUCAUGUAGGCGCGUGGAAGGGCAGAGAGGUGUGCUCUUUCUGUCUCAGGCUUUCCUUGUUUGUGUGUGGAAGGGCAGAGAGGUGUGCUCUCACUGCCUUAGGCUUUCCACGUAGGCGCAUGGAAGAGGCUUUCAUCGUAGAUUUAGGAAAGGCAGAGAGGCCCCUGAACAGAGCCAUACCACCAAAUAUAUUACUGCAAAUGGAAAUAAAGUUUUCAAUAAAUGAAUUGGUCCUGACUGAACUACAGUAACAGGUGGAUGGAGGGGUAGUUGCAGAAUUUACUUGCUACAAUUGAACUUCAACUAUGAUACAAAAUAAAAUAAAAAAGACUAAAAGGUUUUGAAGUCUCCUCAAAGAGAGACCUAAGAAUUUAGAAGCAAUCUGCAGCUUUUGUAAUGCAGAAAAUGUAAGCUAAAACAUGAGCAUCUUAAAAUUGUUAACAUGCUCACGUUGUAUCCAAUGUAAGUGACGACUGUAAAGUGACCUGUGGUCAUUUUAUCCCAACAACUUGAAGCAAAUGUCAUGACAGUCCAUCCAAUUAUUUGCCAAGAAAUGUGCUCAAAAUGCUGUAAUCUAUCUAAAAACUAUUGGAAUUUACCAGCAGUAUAUUUGUAGCCCUCAUUAGUAAAUGUGCUAAAAGACAUCAGGCACCAGUAAUGUCAUUCAUACAUGCAUGUACUUAAAAAAUCACCGCACUGUCAUCACCUAAUUUUUUAAAGAAUUCCCAAGCAGUAAAAACUCAAAUAUGUUAUAAAGUAGCAUAUUCUUUUCAUUGCAGUCCCCCGUCUUGAGUUUAUAGUGAAAUCCAUUCAUGACAAAAAAUAGUUUUGGUUUUACCUUAUGGUACAGCUCGCAACAGCAAAGCGCCUCAGGCAUCAACGCCUAUUGUGUGCUGUCAUAUAAUUGGGACUUUGUAGGCUGUUAGGCUUUUCAGGCUGUAGUUGGAUCCAUGAACAAAUGACGCCCACACAGAAUGUUUUGGAUUAAACAUGUUGCUCUAAUUACAACACGACAUUUCCAGCAUUUGCAUCCUGUUUCAAUUCAGACUGUCUUUGUGGCACAUUCUGAGACACACACACUCAGAAAACAAAGCUGUCCAGAUGCAAAAUAUUAAUGCCUAUUGUAUAAAGUGGAUCGAAGGGAGAUUUUACCAUUGUUUGAUCGUAACUGAAAUGCAACUUCAAAGUUUUCAAAGUGACAUUGUUUUCCUGGAAUUUUUUUAAUUUCCUAGUAACUGCUACUUUGGACACAUUUGUGAGGAAAGAUUUCCAUUUAUGAUUUUUGCUAACACAGUUAUAACAGAAUGAUAGGCAUCGCUUCUAUGACACUGGAUCAUGUAACAUCUCUUUUAAAAAACAGUGUUUACUGUUUGAAUCAAGUUUUGGAUAAAGUGAGUAUUUCGGCCAAAGAUUGUUGUGCUGUGACCAAAAACCUGCCAAGACCAUUGUGCAGAGGAGUCCCAUCUGUGUAAUCCCAGGUCAACUUUCCUUUCAUGUAAUUGUUUGAUGAUUAAGGUCAAUUACGUGCUGAAUCUUGUCCAUUUUCAAAUUAGCACAUCAUCGUUUACUUCCUCAGAGGGGCAGAGGAAGCAGUCUGAGGAAAAAAACAGAAUCCCUGAAACUCUGCCUCCAAUUUUCCUGCUCCAGUGGAGGACAUGAAUGGUGAGGCCCGUUCAUUCAAGACAAUCUGCAGGAUGAUAAUAGUGCUGUCCUGUCCGCAGGCGCCAGCACAAGCAUAUGUUAACUUUCUCCACAGUUUGAACACUGUAAUUGACAAAAGUUAUGAAUACCUGAAGCAGGCAGGGACAGAGAUGGAAAGAAAAACAUGUCUGAAGAGGAUGGUUGUGGACAGAUAACAGGGGUCGUCAUACUUUGUACAUGUUAAAACAAACAGUGAAUAAUAGACAAAACAUGCUGCAGCUUAAGAGUUGGAUUUGUAACUAAGCCGCAAUGUGUUAUAUAAGAAGAAACACAUCCCUAAUUACAGUGUCUACCCUGGUUCGUUAAAUUUUCUGUACCAUAACACUCCACCCUCUCCAUACCCUCCAUGCUAUACAAUAAACAGCAAGCCAGACUUCAAGUGGCUCUCCUAAUGAUAAGGCACAGCACAGUAAAGGAAAAUAAGGUUGUUAAAAAGCAGAUGUCUGCACUGGGUUCACAGAUGGGAUUGAUAUUGACCAGGCUGGAGGUGAUACAUUGUGGUGUAGGUUUUACAUGCCGCUAAAAAAAAAAAAAAAAAUGUAUGUCCUCUAAUGAGAGUGGGUGUCUGGUGAUGGGGCUGCAGCUACGUAGAGGUAGGGGUGGGGGGGUAUUUACCCUAUACCAACAACAUAUUCUACUCAGUCUGAGGAAGACACAAGCGACAUGAGCAAGGGAGGAGGCAUCGUCUCUGAUCAACCAGCUGGUAGGUAUACUGUACUGACUGUACAUUAAAAAAGUGGAGCGGAGAGUCUGUUACUUGCAAAACAUUUCCUAUCAUCAAUGUGUUACAGAUUUGGGACUUGGUUACAGGUAUUGGAUUGAAUUUGAUUUUGAUUUUUUUUUUUCCCUGGGUUUUC